CACGCCUCGCGUCCAAUGAACGGACCGAGUGGAGUCAAAGAGGCGGGCCGUCACUGUACAAGAAGCACGCAGCCUCGGGAAAACGUGUCGUUGAUUUCUCCAGACGCCGUGCCAGCGGACAGAGACCGAGAACCCUCCAACAAAUCAAGACUUCCGAAGCCCCCCCACCUCCCCGAGCUCCUCGUCAUGGCUCUGGAUGGCUGUGGCCUGUUCUGCAAAUAUGUCCUGAUCAUUUUCAACCUCAUCUUUGCGGUGUUGGGCUGCGCCCUGCUGGGCCUCGGCCUGUGGCUGAGGUUCAGCGAAAGCACCAGAGCCAUCUUCCAAAUAGAGGAACUCAACUCCAGUGCCUUUGUGACGGUUGUGACCAUCCUGAUAGUCCUCGGCUCGGUGAUGCUGAUCGUGGUGAUUUUCGGGGACUACGGCACCUGCAACGAGAAAAGAUGCGCUCUGCAAGUGUUCACCGGACUUCUGUCCUUCCUGGCGGUGGCUGUAGUUGCCUGUGGAGUGCUCAGUUAUUCCAACAGGAACGCGGUUGGAGCGAGAUUCAUGGAGUUCUACGCCAGCAUGUAUACGCUGUACCUGACGAGCAAAGACAACCUGGUCAUCGCUGCCACUCUCAGUCUCAUCCACAAUACGCUGCACUGCUGUGGAGUGACCGGGAUCGCGCCCGUUGAGUGGGUCCAAAGCACCUGUCCCCCGCCCGACGGUUUCCUCGAGCACUUCAAGAUGCCUGGCUGCCCCGCCAUCAUCGCGACUUUCUAUGACAGUAAAGCACAACUGGUGAUGGGCGUCUUUGUGGGAACUGGGGCCCUUUUGCUCAUAGCUGCUAUUUGCAGCUCAACCCUCAGUAGAAAGAUUGGCCUGUCAAACUCAUCGGUUCAGUACAUCGUGCUUGCUCACUCCACCUCUGUGGUGUCUAACCCUCAACCGUCUCUGCAUGGAUUGGUCUCCCCUUCCUACCUUGACCAGGACCCAGUCGUCUUCACGCCCCUCUCUAUGGCCAACAUCCCGAUGGUUCAGUCCUAGAGCGCUUGUGUUGGGUUCCACUCUCACAUGUGCUCAAUUCGAAACCCAUGAGGCUCUAGAACAGAACUGUGUCGCUGUGUUCUCUUCAAAGCUGCACAAGUUCUGCACCGCUUUGCGCGCUCACUGCAAAGCGUCUCCAGCUUGCUUUUAAAAAGGAAACAUCCACCCUUUAAGGACCUAUGGCAAUAUCAUAACAGCACUUCAAAAAGGAUGUUGAAUUUGAAAGUUAUUGACCAAAUGCUGAUAUUUCAAGACUAAUUUACAUUGGUGAAUAAAAAGCAAUGUUUCUCAUGAAGCGAACACAUAUGUACCCAUUCUAGUUUUGCAUUUUUAAUAACCUAAAAAAAAGUUCUCCUAUUAGCUGCAAGCUUAUUUUUUCCUUGUCCCAUCAGUGAAAGUUGAUUUAAUCCGUUCAUGCAGUUAAACACAUAAUCCAGGGUUGGAUUUUUCCUUUCAGCAUAUACUUCACUAAACGUGUUGCCGUUUUCUUUACACAAGUGGCUGCAUCCAAGUUGCUCUAAUUCAGUGGUGGUUUUAAUGGUUCACUCGAUGGCUCUACUCCAUCCUGGCUCUUUACUUCUCCCCCCUGCCUGCAUCACAGAUUAUUGCCCUGGUCUGUGCCGUUAUCCUGCUGCAACAGACCAAGAGAAACCAGCAGGAGAUCACUGCGCACUAUACCACUGUGUACUGAAGAGGAUUUGGGUGUUCAACCAUUACCCUCCUGUGGCUCAGACAGCAUCCAGUGCUGGAACACAGGCUAAGGCACAGAACCAUUCUGUUUAGAAGUGUUCAUUUCCUUAAAGCUGUUGUGAAGUCACACAGUAGCUUUGUGUUGCUUUGGCUGUCUAGCUUUGCCAGUAUGGCGCUCAGAGUAAGUAAUCUGACAUUCAUUUAACCACAACGGCCAUUACACAUUUCGUAAUUUUUUUUAUUGAGCAUUGUGUUCCGCUACACCACUGCAGACACCUUUGUUGCAACAUGUGAAAGAGGAAAUGGCAACGAUGCACUCAUUGUGCUCAUCCAUUACAAUAAACACUUAAAUGGUUUCCCAAGUUGGAUCACGUAUUUGUUGAAAUUCAUAACUUUUAUUUUCAUGUCAAAGAUUUUUAUUUUGUGUGCUUUCUAGUCAUUAUGUACGCUUUGAGACAGUUAAGCCGACUGUAUAGACACGAUGGUUUGCCACUUUCUUCACAUUCCAAAAAAAAAAAAAAAAAAA